AUGGGGACUGGAAAUGAUACAACUGUGACAGAGUUCAUUAUUUUGGGGUUAACAGAGGAUACCACAAUUUGUGUCAUUUUAUUUAUUGUGUUUCUAGGAAUCUAUGUUGUCACCUUAAUGGGCAAUGUCAGCAUAAUCAUGUUAAUCAGAAGCAGCCUGCAGCUUCAGACCCCAAUGUAUCUUUUCCUCUGUCAUCUGGCCUGUGUAGACAUUGGAUACUCUUCAUCAGUCACACCCGUUAUGCUCAUGGGCUUCCUCAGGGAAGAAACCUCUAUCAGUAUUGCUGGCUGCAUAGCCCAACUCUGUUCUGUGGUCACAUUUGGGACAGCUGAGUGCUUCCUGCUGGCCGUCAUGGCCUAUGACCGCUAUGUGGCCAUCUGCUUUCCCCUGCUCUACUCCACCCACAUGUCCCCCAGAAUCUGCAUUCUCUUAGUGGGGAUGUCCUACCUCGGUGGAUGUGUGAAUGCUUGGACAUUUACUGGCUGUUUAUUAAGUCUAUCCUUCUGUGGACCAAAUAAAGUCAAUCACUUUUUCUGUGACUAUUCACCACUUCUGAAGCUUUCUUGUUCUCAUGAUUUUGCUUCUGAAUUAAUUCCAGCCUUCUCUUCUGGCUCCAUCAUUGUGGCCACUGUGUUUAUCAUUGUUCUGUCUUAUGUCUACAUCCUUUUCUCAAUCCUGAAGAUGAGCUCCGCCGAGGGGCGCCACAAAGCCUUCUCCACCUGCUCAUCCCACCUCACAGCGGUCACCCUGUUCUAUGGGACCAUCACAUUCAUCUACGUGCUGCCCAAGUCCAGCUACUCAACUGACCAGAACAAGGUGGUGUCUGUGUUCUAUGCAGUGGUAAUUCCCAUGCUGAACCCCCUUAUUUACAGUCUCAGGAAUAAGGAGGUUAAAGAGGCCAUGAUAAAAUUGAUGGCUAGAACACAUUGGUUAUCUUAA